AUGGCUGCACCUGCACCUGCAUCAUCCAAUGCUGAGACUAGGAUUCCAUGUGGCGCUUUCUCAAUGCUUACCAGUUUCAUUUCUUAUAUGAAUUUCCUGAUAAAUAGCAAUCCCAAUGAGUCCUUACCAACUAGCCAGUGCUGCAAAGCCUCCAGGUCCCUUAGAGAUGGUGGCAUGGACUGCUUUUCCAAUGGUUCAUUGCUUCCUGCUGCUUCAGGACCAGUAUCGGUUGGCAAUCUCCAUCAACUCCCUCUCCCUCUGAAGUACUUCAUCAACACCAUCUUAAAGGUACUUCUCGAUAAUGCAACAUUGCUUAUGAAUCCACCUUCUUCUCCAUCAGUUGUUUCUAAUACUCCAUCAUCUGCAAUGGCUUCAGGAAGCUAUUCUCAACUCAUUCCAUCAUCGUCCAUGCUAUCUUACACUGUCUCUCCUUCCUUUCUUGUGAUUGCACUUGGACUCGUUGUUCUAGACUACUAUUAG